AUGCAAGAAGCCCAUAAACGCGUGGCUCACUCGCUUCGCCCUUCCCAGCCUGCUGCAGGACAACAAGUGGACCGUUGCCACAACCGCAUUGCCAAGAAGCCCAUAAACGCAUGGCUCACUCGAUUCGCCUCUCGCCGCCUGCUCCAAGACAACGAGUGGACUGUCGCUACUGACCUGUGCUCUACCGACCACAUAGGCAAGAAGCCGAUAAGCGCAUGGCUCACCCGGUUCGCCUCUCGCAGCCUGCUGCAGGACAACGAGUGGACCGUUGCUAGUGACCUGCGGUCCAACGCAAGGUCAUCAAUGGCUCGUCUCCCUGCUGCUCUCGUGCUCCUCCUGCCCUCGCUCAUCCACGUUCCCUCCCCGUCCUCCCCCCCCAAUCCCCUAUCAGUGUGUGCAAGCGCAAGCCAAGCGAAGCAACAGCAGAAGGAGGAGCAGAGGAAGGCUGACGAGGCCCAGCGCCAGGGGGGGAUGCACGCCGGUGCUGGUGGGUCUGAUGCGGUUGAGAGAGCUGCAGAUGUUGGAAUGGCUCUUGGUGGUGAUGUUGAUGGUGGGAUGGUGGAGAAAGGAGUGAAGGAGGGGGAGGAGAAGGAGGAGGAAGACAAGAAAGAAGGGGAGAAGAAGGAGGAGAGGAAAAAGGAGGAAGAGAAGGAAGAGGAGGACAGGAAAGUGGAAGAGGAGGGUGCUGAUAUCGAUACUAUCAUUGACCAGAUGGUCGAUGCUGACAUGGCCAAACGGCGCGCUGCCAUUGGCCCUCAUCCUCCCAACUCACCCCAACUCGAGGCUCCCCAUACCUGGGACAACCACAAGAAACCACAGCUUCUUCUGGUGCCACCCAAUGCAUCCAUGUCCAACUCUUUUGGUGCCGAAUCCAACCACCCCACUCUCCUUCUACCCCAGUCUAUGGGUGACGUGCUACAGGUGUUCCAGUUUCACCGGGAGUUCACCCGCUUUGCCAGGAUCUCCCCUGUCCCAUUACGUAAGCUCGCACGCGCGCUUGCACAAGCGGACGAAGAGCCUGGGUGGCUGGUUUUGUCCGACCUGCACGUUGGGCUGUUCCGGGCGCUGCUGAAUCUGGGCGGCGGGGAGGUGCCGGGCGGGCAUGAGGGGAUUGGCGUGAGUCAGAGGGUUCUGGACCGGUGGAAGAGGCUUCUGAAUGCUGCCACGUGGCAGGAGGUCAUUCGCAGGGCGAGCCCCAUGCCUCCUCUUCUCACCACCAUGCCUCCUCUGCUCGCCUCGCCACCAUAUAUCACUCUCUCUCCUCCUCCAUGCUCCCUUUGCCUCGCCAUCUCUCCUCUCUCCCUAUUCCCUUCCGUCCUCCCUUCUCCUCUCCCUGCACCUGAGCGUGCUCUUCCUCCUCCUCUCCGACGUGAGACUCGUGAGAUGCUCGCAGAGAACAUGGAGGCCGGGAUCGACCUGCGGAGAGGAGGAGACGCUACUCCCAUGCCUGCUUCUUCUGCUCCCCCCUUCCUCCCUCCCCCCCCACACACACAAUCCAGGUAUCUCAUCAGGGCGAGCCCCAUGCCCCCUCUCCUCGCCACGGUUGCCCACGCGCUCUCCUGCCGUUAUGCGCUCGCCUUGCCCCCCGGGCUGCACCUCUCCGUGCUCUCCCUGCUGCUCUCCGACGUGCUUGACUCUGAGGAGACGCGUGAGAUGCUCGCAGAGAACAUGGAUGCUGCGAUUGAGCUGGGGAAGAAGCGGAGCGUUGAGGUGCUGGAGGAGCGGAGGGUGCGGAAGCAGCAGGAGGAGCAGCGGGUGGAGCGGGAGAAGAAGGAGAAGGAGGAGAAGGAGAAACGGGAGAAGGAGAAGAAGGAAGGGGGAAAGGAGGAAGGUGGCAAAGGGAAGGGGAAGAAGAAAGAGAAAGAGAAGGGGAAGGAGGAGGAGCAGGAGAAGGAGAAGGGGAGCGAGAAGGGGAGCGAGAAAGGGAGUGAGAAGGGGGAGUGUGAUACAGACGAGGAGGUGGAGUUUCUGUUUGCAGUGCCAGAGGAAGUGAGGGGUGGGGAUGGGCAGGUGAGGGGUGGGCAGGUGAAGGGUAGGCAGGUGAGGGGUGGGCAGGUGAAGGGUAGGCAGGUGAGGGGUGGGCAGGUGAAGGGUAGGCAGGUGAGGGGUGGGCAGGUGAAGGGUAGGCAGGUGAGGGGUGGGCAGGUGAAGGGUAGGCAGGUGAGGGGUGGGCAGGUGAAGGGUAGGCAGUCUUCACCUUCAACCAACCUUCCUCCCCACCCCGGUUUCCCUUCCUACCCCCAACUGCUCAACACAAUGGCUGGCAGGCUGAAGAGCGAGUACAUUCGGCGCAAGGAGGCAGAGAAGCGAGCUGCAGAGAGGGCACGGACCGAGAUGGAGAGAAAGCGCAUGGCACAGGAGCGAAAGCGGGAGGAGGAGUGGAAGAAGCGAGAGGAGGCGUAUGAAAAGGAGAUGGCUCGGCUGGUGGUGCGAACAGUGCCCCUGGGGUUGGAUAGGCACUACAACCGGUACUGGUUGCUCAGUGGUGAGCCUAAGGUGGUGUGGGUGGAGGAGAGAGGAGGGAUGGUGGGAGAAGGGGAGGUGUGGCGAGGAGGAGGGAGCGGAGGAGGAGAAGGCGAGGGGGGAAGUGAGAGAGGAAGGGUGGGAGGUGAGGUGGGGACUGGGUGGUCUGGUUCUCGCUGGUUCUGCUACACUUACCGCGAGGAUAUAGAGGAGCUUAUAGCGAGUCUGAAUGUCAAGGGGAUAAGGGAGGCGGCACUGAAAGCAGCGCUUGAGAAGGUGAAGGGGAGGCUUAUAGCGGGGAUGAAGAAAAGGGGGUCUGGUGUGGGGGGGAGGGAGAAGGGGAAGGGUGGAGGAGGGGGAGGAGGGGAAGGGGAGGGCGGGAAAGGGGAGGAGAAGGAGGAGGAGGUAGAGGUGGAGGAGGAGAAGGAUAGUGAGGAGGAUGGAGAGAAGAGGGGAGAGGAAGAGAAAGGAAAAGUGGAGGAAAAAGGACCUGGGUCUGAUGGGGUGGAGGCGGAGAGAGAGGUGGGGCAGAAACGAGAAGAGGAAGGGAGGUGGAAGGGGGAGGCGAGCCUGAUCGGCGAGAAGCUCCGAGAGCAAUUGGAGGGGUUGAGAACGGUAUUGGAGAGGCUAAAGGCAGCUCCGCCUCCUGCUGCAGCCACUGCUAUGGCUGCUUCUGUGCUCGUACCAGUUCCUACUACUGCUGCAGCUGGUGCUGCUGCUGGUGCUGGUGCUGCUGCUGGCACUAGGAGCAAGGCAGCCACAGCUACAGCUGCGACACCUGCUCCCAGUUGGGGUGUUUGGGCCGCUCUAGUCUGCAAAGCGGCUGCCGUUGCCCCACCUAAAUCGGAUCAGAUCAAAUUAGGGGGCCUUCACAGCUCCUCUGGUUUAGCUGUCUUGAUGGGCGGCAAAAAUCGUCUUGACUCUCGUGCUCCUGCUGCUGCUUCGGAUACUGCAACAGCUGAACCAGCAGCAGCAGAAACAGGAGCAGAGGCAGGAGCAGGAAAGAUCGGAGCAGGAAAGGCAAAAGGAGGAAAGGAAGGAGGAGAAAAGGGAGGAGAAGAGAGGGCAGGAGCAGAGGCAGGAGGAGUCAAUCUAGUCAAGGGAGUCAGCAGUGAGCGCGUCCAGCUGGCGCGCCAGGUGGCAGCGCUACGGCGGCUGUUGCUGUGCGCUGAGGUGGCAGCUUUCAAGCUUUGUGACGGUGCUCUUGGGGAGGCGAGAGGUGUGGGAGGUGGGAAGGGGAAGGAGGAAGAAGGAAGUGAGGGAGAGGAGAGAGAGGAGGAAGAGGGAGGCUUGAAAGGAAAGAAGGACGCUGGGAAGGCAGGGAAAGGUGGUGGUGGUGAGGGAGGGUUGGGAGCAGACAGGGAGGGGGGAGCGAGGCAAGAGGGGGAAGAAGGGGAGGAGGAGGAGGAGGAGGAGGAGGAGGAGGAGGAGGAGGAGGAGGAGGAGGAGGAGGAGGAGGAGGAGGAGGAGGAGGAGGAGGAGGAGGAGGAGGAGGAGGAGGAGGAGGAGGAGGAGGGAGGAGAGGAGGGGGAGGAGGAUGAUGCAGCGACAGUGAGUGAAGCGGAGGAGCACGAGGAGGAGGAGGGGCUGAAGGGCCCGUCUGCUUCGCGCUGCUUGUGGCGGUCGAGGCGAGUGCGGCGCGUGUGGCGGAGGGAGGUGAUGGGUGCUCGCACGCUCGCCACCCUCACCUAUCUCGCUGCCUCCCUCAGGGAACGAUGCAAUGCCCUUGACGCUUCCAAGCUUCAGACGGAAAAGCAUGAUGAGGAGGAGGAGGAGGAGGAGGAGGAGGAGGAGGAGGAGGAGGAUAUGGAAGGGGAGGAGGAGGAGAAGGAGGAGGAGGAAGAGGAGGACUCAGGAAAUUUGGGGGAGCAAGGAAAAGAAGAGAAGGAAGACCAGGGUUUUACGACGGUUGGGGGCAGAAAGCUGCGGGCGAGAGGCAGUGGUGGUGAGGCGAAGGAAAAAGGGAAGGGGAAGGAACCAGGCCGCCAGGCUGCUUCUAACGGGAAAAAGGGGAAUCUGUCUGUUUCUCCUGCUGCUACUGCCGCCGCCGUUGCUGCUGCUUUGCGAGCUGCUUCCCCUAAGCUGCUGCCUCCUUCCCUCUGUGCUUCGUGUGGAGAGGCAGUGGGGCCAGGAGGGGAGGGUGGAGCAGGGGAGGUGGUGCGGUGUGCGUCGGUGCAGUGCGGUAAGGCGUUUCACCCUGUGUGUGCGGGGCUGAGGCGCAAGGCUGCCAAGGCUGCUUGCUGGGAGGGGAGGAGAGAGGACGAGGAGAAGGAGGAGGAGGAAGAAGAGGAAGAAGAAGAGGAAGAAGAGAAAGAAGAGGAAGAAGAGGAAGAGGAGGAAGAGGAGGGAGAGGAAGGGAGUGAGGGGGAGGAGAGCAGUGGGGAGGAGGAAGAUGCAGGCAGCGUUGGUGGGAAGAAGGUGGGUGAUGUGAAGAAGCUGGGUGAUGGGCGUGGGACUGGGAAGGCGUCAUUGCUUCUUCCAGCAGACCUGCUUCCCAAUUCUCCUCCUCGACCUGUAGCAGCAGACCUGCUUCCCAACCUGUAG